UUUAUCAAUGUAUUUUAAAGAAAUAAAACCAUAUUCUAUUAGCGUUUGGAAGACACUCUUUUCAUCAUUGUUUCAGCAUGAACUUCAAGAAAGGAUCGAAAACUAGGAGUCACCUCCACCACGAAAUUCCAUUCAUGAAAAUCUUGAAUAACCGAACAUGAACAAGGAGGAGACGCAGGGAUCUGCAAAAAUGUUAAAACGUAAUUUGAAAAAUAAAUACUUGCUAAGUGAACAGCCCAAAUCUGAGCGUGACGAUGAAGCAAUGUACAUCUAUAAGGGCACAGGAAAAGAUGUGAAAAAUGGAAGAGAGGACGUACGUGAAGAUGUAAGAACAACAAAAUAUUGGACCCUGAGGUCUAUAGGUCACCGCAAGAUGAGCAUAUUUAAUUAUUCUCAGAAGAGAUGCAUCAAUUUGAGACCUAGGGUUGUUCCGAAGAUUAAACAUGAAGAAGCAUUAUAUAUUCCUAGUCACUUUAAGAUUAAAGAGGAGAACAUGGAUCUGGAUGGCACCGAAGAUGAGCUGAUGAACAGGGAUAUAUCUGAAGUCGAUGAAACUUCCCUUGCUUUGUCAGACUGUAAGACGGAAAGUUUUGUUAACCAAGAUGCACAAGAAGAAAGCUAUCCCAGAAGAAGUAAAACAAGAAAUAUUUCUGAAGAGUAUUUCUUACAAAACUCAGAUAUUAUUCAGAAAGUGAUUGUUGGACCUAAAGGGAAAUCUUAUCCUUGUCCUGAGUGUGGAAAAUGUUUCAACUGUAAUUCCAGCCUUAUUGUCCAUCAGAGAACACACACAGGGGAGAAACCAUAUGUCUGUGUGGAAUGUGGCAGACGUUUCGGCCAGAGCUCAAAUCUUAUAAGACAUCAAAAUAUCCACUCAAGAGAUAAACCAUUUCUAUGUACUGAAUGUGGGGAAUGUUUCAGCCUAAUCUCAAGUUUAGUUACCCAUCGAAGGAUUCACACUGGAGAGAAACCAUUUGCUUGUUCCGAAUGUGGAAAACGAUUCGGCUGCAAAUCUCACCUUAUUAUACACGAAAGAACUCAUACAGGAGAAAAACCCUUUGUAUGUUCUGAGUGCGGAAAAUGUUUCACCCACACAUCAAAUCUCAAUAAACACCAGAUUAUUCAUACGGGGGAGAAGCCCUAUCUGUGUUCACAGUGUGGAGAAUGCUUUGGCUGUAACUCCAGCUUGGUUCGACACGAGAAAAUUCACACAGGGGAAAAACCAUUUGCCUGUUCAGAAUGUGGAAAACGUUUUGGCCGACGUUCGCAUCUUGUCAGACAUCAGAAAAUUCACACUAGGAUGAUAGAGAUGACCAAGGACACGAAGCAGAUGACGGAGAGGAUCUUGAACCAUGCUCUCGGGAUCAUCUUCUUACUGACUGGAGAGGAAUAUGUUGUUGUGAAAAAGAGUUCCCCGCACAGCAUUCACCUGCUGACUGGAGAGGUCCCGAUAAAGUGUGGGGAUAUUUCCAUCUCUUUCUCCAUGGAGGAAUGGGAUUACAUCGAGGGACACAAGGACAUUUACCAGGAUGUUAUGAUAAAGGGUCGUCAGGUGUCUGAUGCAAGUAGAAGUCCAAAAAGAAGAAGCACAGGAACCCAUGAGGAAAACGUAGACCCUGUGUUUAUUAGUGAGUUUCCUAAAAAUGAUAAACGUAACAGAGAAAGUGAACAAGUGGAAGUCUUGGUGAACACCUGUGAAGGUGAUUUAACUAGUGAUAUUGUACACAGUGGUGAAAUAAAUGAGGCACCAGUUGUGAAGAGUAACCCGGAAACCCAGGAACAACAAAUGGAUGGAGACAUCUGCACAGGCUGUUCCUUAGUGGAAGAUUCAUCCACGAAUAAGGAUAUGUUUAAAAAAUCCCAAACACAGGCUCCGUCUUCAGAUACGACAGUGGAAGGUGAUACCAUUUCAUCUUGCAAGAUCACCAGAGAGUCACACACAGCACAUUGUUCUGUGGACGAGACUGUGGAAAGUGAAAACUGCACAUCUCAUGGGCUUAAACAAGAAUCCCGUACACAGACUUGUGCAUUGGCUCAGACAGUGGAACAUGAUUCUGUUACAUCCCAUAAGUUUGUAGAGGAGUCUUGGAAAAUGUCCUCUUCAUUGGCUCACACAGUGGCGAAUACCAGUAGAUCACAUGACUUUCAAGGAGGGUCCUGGACAGUACCCUGUACUUCCGAUUGGUCAGUUGAAGGUGGCAAUGAGGCAUCCCAUGGAUGUAAAGAAGAAACUCAAGUAGUGGACUGUUCACUGCCUUGUACAGUGGAAGGUGAUACCACUACUUCUCAUGCAUUUCAAGGAGCUUCUUCUUGGACAGUGCCCUGUUUAUGGGAUCGGACUGCAGAUGUUGACAACUGUAUGUCUCAUAGUUAUCAAGGAGUCUCUAGAGAACACUCACCAAAUGAGUCAGGGUCGUAUGAAAGUGGAAAUAUAAUUUCAUUACCUUUAAGUGAACAUAAUAUGCACUUACUAAAUGAAAGAUUUGUUGAUGGAACAAUCCAAAAUAUUCACAUUAAGGAAGAAAAGAGCCAAGAGCGUGAACCAACAAAUACGGAUCCAAAGCUUCAAAAUUGCGAUAAGUGUGGUGAGCUAUUUAAUUCUGCAAAUAGCCUCCUUCUCCAUCAGAAGACACAUUUGGGGGGAGACACCUGUGAAAAGCAAUUGCCUACAUCCUCAAAUUUCUUUCUACAUCAGAAGAUGUCAUGUACCUGCCCUGUGUGUGGUAAAUGGUUCAGUAAAAGGGCUCAUUUGCUCAUACACCAACGAACUCACACAGGGGAGAAACCAUAUUCUUGUGCACAGUGCGGGAAAUGUUUUUCGAAAAGGUCUCACGUUGUAAUGCACUAUAGAACCCAUACAGGGGAGAAGCCAUAUGUUUGUACAGUGUGUGAGAAGUCUUUCGCCAAAAGGACAAACCUGGUCACCCACCUCAGAAUUCAUACCCGAGAGAAGCCAUUUAUGUGUCCUGUGUGUGGAAAAUACUUCACAAGACGAUCGAACAUGGUCACCCACCAAAGAACUCAUACAGGAGAGAAACCAUACUCAUGCCCUGAAUGUGGAAAGUGUUUUUCACAGAGGUCACACAUGGUAACACAUCAUAAAACACAUUCAGGAGAAAAGCCGUAUAUUUGCUCUGUGUGUGGAAAAGGUUUUGCUAAAAGGUCCUAUUUGGAAGUCCACCAGAGAACUCACAGAACUGAAAAAGUAAAUAUGUUCAACUCUGUUGAAUUUUGACACGAUUGGGAAACAUUUUACCUGUAUAUAGUCGAUUCACAGGCCCAGGUUUUGAAAGUUUGCUCUACAUCAUAACUGCCCAACAUUUUUAUGGUCAUAUGUUUCACUCAGAUGCACCUUUCGGUUUGGAUUCUGAUAAAUCAACAAUUCUAUACUGUAAACUAUAUAAACUUGAAAACAUUGCAAUUGACAAGGUUGGAUUUAAAAAAGCACAAACUAGGAUUAUACAUUUAAAAGAGUUGUUUGCAAAAAAACAAACAAACCAGAAUACUCACACUGACCAGUUUAUUUCACGGUUAUAAACAAGUACAAGGGUUUUGUUGGGAAAAAACAAUUGGUGCUACUAUAACCUAAUGUGGGUCACUACUCUACAUAUAAAAAGUGCAUUCACAAAACAAAAAACUAUUUGUGAGAGCACACAAAAUUACAUACGCUUGUACCAAAACAGUGGACAAAUAUAUUUUGUUCAUACAAUAUUGCACUAUGGUCUGUUCUUUAUUUUUUGUUUUUCUAGGUUUUAAUAUAUAUUAUAUUUUUGUACAGCCGUAUAUAAUUUCGGGUGCUCUUGCCAAUUCUUUAUUUUCAUAGUGGGAGGAAUAACAUACAGGCUUGUGAUGCCACAACAGUGAUGACAAGCUUAUUGCAAACUACAGUGUCAUGGCAUAAGAAGAAGUUGCACAUUUUAUAUUUUUAGGAAAGUAGAAUGCAUUACACAUGUUAGGUAAGUAUCAAUGCUGAUAUAGUUAGCCUAAGAAGAUUAUCCAGACAUGUAGAGUUGAUAGAGUGUUAAGAGAGCAUGCUAUGCGUACCUAGGUGCGCUCUUCGGUUUUAAAGUAUGCCUGUGUAGCCUUGGGGGGGGUAAAAAGGGGACACAUUAAAUAGCAGUAGAACAUGCGGCUUGGCCCAUGAGGGUAAGGAUAUAACGUGUGAAGCUAGGGCCCACAAAAAUGGAGCAAGCCGUGGGUCUAGGGGUGAGCAUUAAGACCAGAGGGCUUAGCCCCCGCCUGUGAGAAAAUGGGAGCUACCCCAACACGGAACAUGACCCAUGCAACUGUACCCCACCAGCCCCAGGUCCCCUCAAAGCCCAAUGCGCCAGUCUCAGUCUCAGCGUUGGAUACUGCCAGGGCUUGGUCUUGAGGUCUCUUAAGAGGUUGUUACGGCUCACGUGUAUUAGGGAUCCUCUGAGGGAGUGAGUGGUAUCCAGGGAACUGUCCCGGUUUGGGCCAUGGCCCAGGAAGGCAGUAAAUUGUUUUUUGUUUUGUGAAUGCACUGUUAGUGUGAUGUUUGCCAAGUAAUAUGUUGUAAGAUUCAGGACCUCAGUCUAGGAUGUCUUGUUUGUCAGCAGUUUCACUCAGAAUAAAUAUUCACAUAAUCUAAAAUAAAUAUCUGCGGAUAUUUUGGUCUUUUUCUUAAACUCUAUGUGAAAAGA